ACCGUUAUGGUUUUCAUCGGCCACGUGGCUGGGGGACGGAAGUUGUAUCGACAUGGCACCGCAGGGGGUGUUGGGGAAGGGCAGGAGAGAUAGCAGACCUGGCGAGGGGGGGAAAGGCCACAAAGGUCGUGGCCAUGUGCCCAAGUCGAAAAGGCAGCGGGUUGAUGACGCCAACUCGGAAAACGAUGACGACUUCCAGUCAGAGGAAGUGGCGGUGGUGGAUGCGCAAGGGACGACCGGGGUGAAGCGAUUGGGUUUUGGGCGGGAUGGGGUGUCGAGGGAACAGCCGGCCGCUCUCAAACAAACCGCCGUUGGUGGUGCCGCCGUAGUGUCGCCAAGGACCCCCAAGGCGCCAGGGAUUGUCAUCACCGAGGCGCGCAUGCAAAGGCAAGUUGCGGGGGGCCGGGGCAGGCGAGGCGAUGGAAGUGGUCGGGCAGGGGCAGCCACGUCAGGCACUCCCCCCGCAACAGGCGGGGCUUCAGGGGCGACGAGAAUACCGUUCGCGCAAAAGGGUGAGGCGACGGUGCCCGACAGUCGGACGGCGGCGGGAGAUCAUCAUACCACUGGAAGCGGAGUCGCGGAAGGUGCGGAAGAGGGGAGGGUCGAUGACGUGUCCCGUCACGAUGGGAGAAGAGGUGGAAGGCGGGAGGGCGAUGAUGAGGACGACCAUCCACUUAUCAGCAGGUGGAAGCGAACGCCAGAGGAGGACGCUCUCGAGGAGAGGUCGAAGUUGUGGGUUGAUUGCAACGCUUUUUGGGGUCAAGGCCCCAGGAAACCCUUGAGGGAGGCAGUAGGUGACUGCGAGGACUAAUUCGUCGCCAUCGCCAACGGAGACGCAGGAGCUGAACCGCCUUCCAUGCUCAUAAUGCCGCCCAAUG